GGUCAGUCUUCCUCCCCGCACUCACUGGGAAUGGUUUCAGACCGAGAGCAGCCACGCUUGAGCCGUUCAUGGUGCGGUAAACCCCGAGGCUGCCCUGUCACCUACACAGGUCUAAAGAUGCAGUGGACCCCAGAGCACACACAAUGGGCAGAACAACACUUCGACAUCUCAUCCACUACCCGCUCACCAGCACACAAAGUGGAGGCCUACAGGGGGCACUUACAGCGCACAUACCAGUACGCGUGGGCAAACGAUGACAUCUCUGCGCUGACUGCCUCCAAUCUGCUCAAGAAAUAUGCCGAGAAGUACUCUGGGAUCCUGGAAGGUCCAAAUGAAAGAGCCCUGCUGUGCUCCUACUCCGAUAGCACCGCUGGACUCAUGAAUGGACGAAAGUCGGAGAAUGAAUCCUGGCAGGAGGGGAUUUACCCAAUGAACUGUGCUCCAGAUGUUAUAUCUGUGAGCAAAGCUGGAAUGACAGCUGCCCUACCCCCUGCAGACGUGUCGGCCAGCAUAGGCAGCUCUCCGGGGGUGGCCGGCAGCCUGUCCGAGCCCGGCUACUCCAGCAGUAACUGUGGGAGCCACCCGGCCACCACUCUCCACUCGGGCCUCCCGUCUCAGGAAUAUACUGCCAGCUACAACGGUUCCUACCUGCAUUCUAGCUACAGCAGCCAGAGUACCCCAGCCCUCCCCUCCCCACACCCUUCCCCUUUACACAGCGCUGGGCUGCUGCAACCACCGCCCCCGCCUCCUCCUCCCGCUUUAGUACCAAGCUACAACGCUGGGUCUCCAAACCUCACCAAUUACAAUUAUCCUCCAACAGGGUACGCUUCACAGACUGCCAUGGGCCCUGGCUACAGCCCCGGGGGGGCAGCCCCACCUUCUGCUUACCUGCCGUCCGGUAUUGCAGCCCCUACACCGAUACCUCCCUCCACGCUGCCCGGCUACACCUACCAAUCCCAUAAUAAUACCCCAAUUGCACCUACACCUUUGAAUGGCAGCACGUCCAGCUCUUUAAAACGAAAAGCUUUUUACAUGAGUGGAGAUGGCGAUAUGGACUCCAGCUAUGGUAAUUUCAACUACAACCAACAGCGCUCAUCGCAGAGCCCAAUGUACCGGGCAGAAAACAACGGCGUCUCAGACUCAAACAGAGGUAGUGGCUUUGAGAGAAGCGUCGAAGCAUCGUCUCUUGCUUUUAAGCCUACCAAACAGCCGGUGUCCUCCGAUCAGCAAAGGAAAUUUAGCUUACACUCUGGCAGAGCACUCACUCCUCCAUCCUAUGGCUCAACCAAAAGCUCUGCAGGAGAUCUCAGAACCGUCGAGCCAUACAGAAAGUUCGGAUCUCCCAUGAUGAGCGAGCAAUCAGAAGAGCACAGACAGCACCUUUCCCACUCCCUGACGGGGGCUGACAUAGGUACGGCUACCUCGACUAUCCACGCCGCGGAGGAACAACUAAAGAACAGCGAUUCCAGCCUGGUGGAGAUGGUGACCACUGAGAUCCUUCAGCAGGGCUCUCCUGUGGACUGGAGUGACAUCGCAGGCCUGGAUUUGGCCAAAGCAGUGCUCAAAGAGGAGAUACUGUGGCCUAUUUUAAGGCCUGAUAUGUUUAGUGGACUUGCCACAUUACCUCGGAGCCUCCUUUUGUUUGGACCUCAGGGAACGGGCAGGACCCUGCUGGCACGCUGCAUGGCCAGCCAGCUAGGGGCUGCCUUUCUGCAGCUGAGCAGCUCGGCGCUAGUGACCAAGUGGCUCGGGGAAGGGGACAAGAUCAUCCAGGUCUCUUUCCUCGUAGCGCGGCGUCGUCAACCGGCAGUGGUCUUCAUCAGCGACGUGGAUCUGCUGCUGUCAGCCCAGCUCAGCGAGGACAGCCCUGUGAAUCACCUCAAGACUGAGCUCCUCAUACAACUUGACAGUAUUCUGACCUCCGCUGAGGGCCAUGUUCUCGUGGUCUGCUCCACCAGUAAGCCUGAACAGAUUCCAGAGACCCUACGGAGGUACUUUACAAAGCGAUUGCUCAUCCCCUUGCCUGAUGGGACGGCACGCCAUCAGAUAAUCAGUCAGCUGCUCUCACAGCACAACUACUGUCUCAGUGACAAAGAGAUGUCAUUGCUGGUUCAGAGGACAGAAGGAUUUUCAGGACUGGAUGUAGCCCAGCUGUGUCAGGAGGCUCUGAUCGGCCCUCUGCACGGCAUGGCCGGUGCUGACUUGUCAAGCGUUCACCCGAGUCAGAUGAGACCGGUCUCGUACCAAGACUUUGACAGUGUAUUUUGCAAAUUCCAGCGCAGCAUAUCACAGAAAGAUCUUGACAUUUACACAGAGUGGAAUAAAAUGUUUGGUUGUAGUCAAUGAGAGAGGCCCAUCAAACACUUUCUUUAAACUCAGCUGUUGAAAACAUACAAAAAAAAAAGAAAAAGAGAAAAAACGGUUUGGCCUUCAAGACAAAAGCAAGCAGUGGUGACACGAACACACUAAAAAGAAAACUGUCUUUCAGACUUCAGACCAAGGACAACAGCAUGGACGUCACGUGCCGUCAAAAAAACCUGGUUAACAAUUUAUACAGCUAAAGCCACACGCUCAAUGAAACGAUUUAGACAGGAUGUCCCCCAUCUUUUUGUAUAUAAAUAUAUAUACAAUAUAAAUAUAUACUGCUGAUCUUGAGAUUUAGUUGCUAUCAAGUGCCUGAGAUGGUGCUGUUUAAGUUACUUUUUCUUUUAUUCCCUUUUUAUUUCAGUUUUUUUUUUUUUUUUUUGCUACACAAUCUUCAUCGGUGGUAUGUGCAAAUAUAUACAUAUAUAAAAAGCUUUACAAUGUGACAAAAAAAGAAAAGUCUUCACUGGAAUAGUGUUUUUCAGCUGUGUCUGUUUCGUGCUCUCUGUGAACAGUUGUGGUUAAUUUGAGCUGAAUUCAAUGUAUUGGCAUCAUUUCAGUUGAGCAUCAUUACCUUGCACUGGUUUUAUGUGUGUGGAGCAUUUAAUGAGAACAACACUGACACACUCACUUUGUGGCUGGAACAACAGGAUUUUCUAUGAUUUCAUCUGGCCGAUACGCCGGCCGCCCUCCUCUUUACAUGCAAAGAUGGAUAUCAUUUUACAAGGUGACUUCAGUUUAAACAAUAUGUUACAUUGUAAUUCCUAUUAAAUAUUACGGUAAGUGGUUCACAAUAUUUUUUUCUUCUGAUGAAGUCGAUUCUGAACACUCAGGAAUGUUGUGAAGAUGUGUACAGUACCUCAUGAUCUCGUAUUCAAGCACUACAUGCUACACAAGCAUUUGGCUUGCAUUUAAAUUUGCGUUCUCAAAACACAAAAGGCUUUACGAUACCUCAAAAAGCUCAAAAUGAGAAGGUCCUACAGUGAAUGUAUGAGGGUAAAUGUAAUCGUGGUUUAUUUGCAAGGCUUAAAAUCAUUUUGUUUAGGCUUCUUUACCUUUUAAAACUUUGUUGGAGUGAGAACUGAUAAUAUGUCCUUUGUGCUGGUUGAACUUUAUAAUUGAGUAAAUUUCAGUGUGAAAUAUGUUUUUUCCCCCUUUUGGCCAUAAUUUACCUGAAAUACAAUGAUCCUACGUUUUAGUUCCCUGUUUUUCAUGCACAUCGGUCCAGCCUGUGGUGGUGGAGGGUUGAGAGACAUUCUGAAGGUGCAGACACACAAUUGACGUUGAGGGAAACAGCUGCCUUGAGGUAUUUCGCUGCGUCGCUCUUUCCUGACGCUGUUUUAGCAUUAACCUAAGGAUUAUGUACAGCCCGAGCUCCUUUCUACCUCAGUUUGUUUUUUAUCUCGUGAAAGAAAAAUUCAGCAAAAUGUCAGCGCCUGCUCGGCUUGUUUGAUGAAGAGACCUAGGAGACAACCAGACAGCGCUUUGGUUGCGUGCAAAAUCUAUUAGCUUCACGUUUUUUGAUAACCCUGUUUUUCAUCACACAAUGCAUUUAAAGGGGAGCACAGCUGAAUAUCAUACAGCAUGCCUUUGCCUUAGGACAAUUUGGCCUUUAUCAGCGAACAUUCACCAGUGGAUCUUGUUGCUGUACCUUUUUCGACCCCUGAAUCUGUGAUGUCAAAUAGACACGCUUGAGUUUUCUCAUCCAUGAGUUUUCUCGUGUGUGCGCAUAUUCUGUCUUGGACGUAAUUCCAGUAUUUCAAUCUAAAGUUUACACAGGAAUUAACCGAUUUGCAUUCCCAGGUUAGACUCACGAUCUGUAAUGAAAAUACCCUGGCCCCUUUUAUAGUAAUUUUUACGUUGAAACUGUUACUCUGAUUUAAAUCUGUCUUUGCUGCCAUUAAGCAGUUAAUGUCCACUGAACAUUUCCAGCUCCACGAGAGCCAGUCUGAGAGCAAGUAAAAGCACUGAAUGUAUUAUUUCCUGAGAGCAGUAAGAAGAAGCAAAGCACUUGCACGUUGAAAAAUGCCACUGAUGUAGGUGACACUGUAAGUAUGAGUGCAAAGAACUGCAGAGGCACUAAAGGACUUGCUUCUUAU